AUGGGUGAAAUCACAUUGCCUAAUGGUGGCCAUGUCGACGGUGGACGGUUACUGAUGCGUGAUACUUGGAAUGCUAAACUCUAUGAUCCACUCUUUCAAAGUUAUGAAAGUAGUCAGAACACUUCGAAGCCUGAUAAAUUGUUUCAUAAAAAUCGUCUCUCCGGUUUGUGGGCUCACAAGUCUCCACUACUCUCUUAUCUUCAUGACAAUAAACUCAUUACGCUCUUCUUUGUUGGUGUUAAUACUGACCAAUGCGUUUCAGGCACACUUCAAGAUGCAUUUAGCAAAGGUUUUGAUUGUAUUCUUCUUCGUGAUGGAUGUGGUACAACGAGUCCACCAUUUGCUCAACAAUGUAUUGAAUACAAUUGUGAGCGAGUAGGCGGAUUUAUCAUGACAACCGAGGCAUUUGUCAAAGGCAUUGAAGCUUCUCUACAUUGA